UUAGAGACCUCUACAGCACAGAGAUCCAGACAUGGCACCAACAAUCACUGCAGCAAUGACCGAUUCUCAGGAGCAUCUGACUCUGACUCACAAGCUCAGAAAGCCUCUGGUGGAGAAGUUACGCAGAGAGCGAAUCAACAGCAGCAUUGAGCAGCUCAAGUCUGUCCUGGGUCCAGAGUUCCUCAAACAACAGCCAGACACCAAGCUGGAGAAAGCAGACAUCCUGGAGAUGACAGUUUGUGUCUUGAGACGACUGCAGCAGCAGCAUCAACAGCAAAGAAGACUGCUGAAGCACUUCAACAAGCUGCAGUCUUCCUCUGAUAACAACCUGAGAGAGGCUGACUUCUCUCUUCUGAGCUCCACAGUCCAGACCAGCAUCACCAAAGAGAAGAGUCCAGUCGACAGCGCCCUCUGGAGGCCGUGGUAGACACCUACAGACUGGAGUUACUACCAGACUAACUGA